UACAUACCAUGGCAAGUCAAUUGCCUUAUCACUGAAGUGGUGUAUGUGUGAAGAUAUGCAUGAGGAUCAAGGACUGGAGUGACGUUGUGCUGCCAGAACACUAUUGUGCAAGGAAUUGGUGAUCUUCAUGCUUACUGCCUUCUCAUGUAUACAGGUGUACUCUGAAUAGCCUAUGACUGCUUACCAACUCACUGUAGCAAAGUGUCCACAAUUACUCAGGCAUAUGUCUCUGUACCAUGGACACUGUGUGACUGCUCUAUGCAGUAGUAUAAUUAAUCAGUGUAUACACAAUAAAUGUGCAUUAAUUCAGUACAAGACUAGUGUAUUGUCUUGUCCAUCUGAAAUAUUAUACGCACCUGUCCAGGAAUUGUAACUCUGUUGAGGUAAGGAUGUUGGAGCAUACAGUCCAAGGGACUAUUUGAAGCUGAGUUCACAUUCCAAGCUUGACUGCUACGAGUGACUGAUGAAUCUGUAUUGUGAGCAAGACUCUAGAAGAGUACUAGCAGUAAUGGGGCUGGCAGACCUUAUCACAGAUGAGAACUCUGUACGGUGUGCUGUGGUCCAUAAGGAAUGUCUUGUCCAGUGCUGCAGUUUCCAUCUUUUACUCAGUUAAGCAGCUUUGAGUGUCAGUGCCUUUCUCACUGAGAACUGGCACCCCCUUGCGAAACAGUAUGCUAUGUAAAAAGUUGGAGUCUUUAUCAUUCAUACAACUAACUAACCAUCUUAGUCCUUCCUGAUAUCCUGUAAUUGUGUGUUGCUGUCAGUAAAACUAUGUAAUGUAGCACUUGGCAGUUUGUCAGCACAGUGUGUCUCUGUGGGAUGGUUGAUUUGCCAACGGGAAGCAUCAGGCUUAAUGGGUGGGAGUGCCAAAUCCUCGGAUUUUCCAAGAAAUGCUUUUCCACGUGGAAUUUCCCAUGUCGUGGAUGAUAGGCCAGUUGAGAGAAUAAAAGGCUGUAGUAAAGGCAGGGGAUUAUGCAGUCCAGACACUUGGAGCUGAACUUAUUCUUCAAGUCCGUAUUCGGCAAUUUAGCAACAGAAAGCAGACCCUGAGAAAUACUACAGAAGACUUUUGCCACCUGGCCACCACAAUCUCUAUCUGCUUAAAAGAAAAACUCGGAAACAUGAUUUGCUUGUGGUUCCUAUCUCUUCUUACUUAUGGGCUUACACUACUGCAGGGGGCAAAUGGUUGGACAUACCAUUAUUCAGACACAAACAUGACCUACAGGGAAGCAGAGCUGUGGUGCAAAAAGAGAUAUACUAAUAUGGUUGCCAUUCAGAAUAAGGAGGAAAUCAACUAUCUCAAUAACUUCCUACCCUUCAAUCCGGGUUACUACUGGAUUGGAAUCAGAAAAAUUAAUGAGGUGUGGACCUGGAUUGGAACUAACAAAGAACUGACAGAAGAGGCAAAAAACUGGGCUUCAGGUGAGCCAAAUGGCAAAGGGAACAACGAGGACUGUGUUGAAAUCUACAUUAAAAGAGGGAAGGAUGAUGGAAAAUGGAAUGACGAACAGUGUGAGAAAAAGAAGGUCGCCUUGUGCUACACAGCUUCUUGCAAUCCAUCUCUCUGCAGUGGCCGUGGAGAAUGCAUAGAGACUAUUAACAAUCACAGCUGCAAUUGUAACCCUGGAUUCUACGGGCCAGAAUGCGAGUUUGUUGAGAGCUGUGAUCCCCUAAAGAAACCUGAUCAUGGGAGCCUUGUGUGCAACCAUCCAUUGGAGAACUUCAGCUACAACUCAUCCUGCACAGUUCAGUGUGAGGAAGGCUAUGAAUUGACUGCAUUGGAAUCUGUGUACUGUACUUCUUCUGGGGUCUGGUCUGCCUCCCUUGCAGCAUGCAAAGCUGUAACCUGUCCUGCCUUGGAAAUGCCUCUUCAUGGUGCUGUGAACUGCACCCAUUCCUCUGUGGAGCUCACCUGGGGUGCUACCUGUGAGUUCACCUGUGAGGAAGGAUUUACCCUGACAGGACCAGCCACACUGCAGUGUGGGUCUUCUGGGGCUUGGGACAGGCAGCAGCCAUCCUGUGCAGCUGUGCGGUGUGAGGCUGUAACCUGGCCAGAAGGCUUUGUGACCUGUGACCACGCUCCUGCAGAUCUUGCCUAUGGCUCACGUUGUGAUUUCCACUGCAGUGAGGGCUAUGUUCUGGAUGGCCCAUCCAGCAUUGAGUGCACAGCACAGGGACAGUGGUCAGAGGCACCACCAGUAUGUAGAGCUGUAACCUGUCCUGCCUUGGAAAUGCCUCUUCAUGGUGCUGUGAACUGCACCCAUCCCUCUGUGGAGCUCACCUGGGGUGCUACCUGUGAGUUCACCUGUGAGGAAGGAUUUACCCUGACAGGACCAGCCACACUGCAGUGUGGGUCUUCUGGGGUUUGGGACAAGCAGCAGCCAUCCUGUACAGCUGUGCGGUGUGAGGCUGUAACCUGGCCAGAAGGCUUUGUGACCUGUGACCACGCUCCUGCAGAUCUUGCCUAUGGCUCACGUUGUGAUUUCCACUGCAGUGAGGGCUAUGUUCUGGAUGGCCCAUCCAGCAUUGAGUGCACAGCACAGGGACAGUGGUCAGAGCCAGCACCAGUAUGCAGAGCUGUAACCUGUCCUGCCUUGGAAAUGCCUCUUCAUGGUGCUGUGAACUGCACCCAUUCCUCUGUGGAGCUCACCUGGGGUGCUACCUGUGAGUUCACCUGUGAGGAAGGAUUUACCCUGACAGGACCAGCCACACUGCAGUGUGGGUCUUCUGGGGUUUGGGACAGGCAGCAGCCAUCCUGUGCAGCUGUGCGGUGUGAGGCUGUAACCUGGCCAGAAGGCUUUGUGACCUGUGACCACGCUCCUGCAGAUCUUGCCUAUGGCUCACGUUGUGAUUUCCACUGCAGUGAGGGCUAUGUUCUGGAUGGCCCAUCCAGCAUUGAGUGCACAGCACAGGGACAGUGGUCAGAGCCAGCACCAGUAUGCAGAGUUGUACAGUGUGAACCACUGAGCUCCCCUGAGAAAGGAUCUAUGGAUUGCUCAGAUAGUGCUGGGAACUUCACAUACAACACAGUGUGCCACUUCAAUUGUCUGGAAGGAUGGCUGCUGAAUGGUUCUCAUGUUCUGGAGUGUAAUCAUUCAGGAAACUGGAGUGCAAGUCUGCCCACGUGUGAAGCUUCUGAGCAAGUCAGCUAUGUCUCUGUAGGAGUAGCAGCCACAAGUGCCUCUCUGUUGUCCACAGCAUCAUUCCUCCUUUGGCUUGCAAGACAUUUCCGAAGAAAAGCAAAGAAAUUUACUCCUUCCAGUAGCUGUCAAAGCCUAACCGUUGAAGGUAGUUUCCAAAGUGCUGGCCAGACUGUCUAAGUCCAGGUGUUUCAGGAAUUGAAGCCAUCUUUACUUUUGUCUCGGAUUUCCAGAGAGUGAAACUGCAUGCAAAUCAGCAGCUGUCCAGAUGUUUUUACCUCUUGCUGACAAGAUGAUUGACCUUGUGUAUUGUUCAGAAAUGCUAAACUCAAGCUGUCUGGUAUUUCCAUUGAAGACAAGCAGAGUAAAAACCUCUGGCCUUCUGGCAAAAUACUGUCUACAUUAAGUCAUGUAGUUAUCAUAACUGGGAGCUUGCCAUCUCUUGUCCAGAUGGUGAGCAAAUAGUAAGCUGCUGCCUAAAGAGGAGGCUGGUUUCUCCUCUGGGCUACUCAAAGGUACCUAGGUGAGGUGAAGACAUGCAUUAUUUCACAUCACUUACUACACUGCUGGAGAUGUCUCCUCUGGAGACAUAUGGGUUACACUUGCAGAAACAGAAUAAUCAGGAUGAAAAAAUAUUCGUUGAAUAGUUUUGAAACCAUUGAUCUGGUUUGUUGCUGAAGUCAAUUUCAGAGGAUGUCCCAGUCAAGAAACACUCAUGUAGUGAUACGGGCAAUUAUUUGGAUUUCUGUUGCAUGUCCCAGAAAGCCUGGGGACUUUAAUUUUUUUAAUUUUUUUUUCUGUAAUAGCACUAAGAACUGUAGUGCUUAUAUUAGGUACUCUGUUUUCUGAAUGCAGCAAGUAGGUCUGAAAUGGUCUCAUCCCUGUGGGAUUGUGCACUGUAAUACAGGUGUAUACACAAAUUUAAUUGCAUUUUUUACUAUGGAUACUUCUGUGCUGUUAACUAAAUGGAUUAUAAAAUACUUGAGUAGGUGUGUGGCCACUG